AUGAGUUAAUUAUUUUUGANUCUAGGCUUCAUUCAUAAAUCAAAAUAGAAUAAUCAGUAAAACGCUAUAACAAUACCUUAUUUCUAACAUGAGAAUGUUUAUUCUUUUAAAUUUAAACACCUGUAGAUAGGCUUAAAUGCAAAUAUCAAUAUUGAAAAUGUGACCAUUUAGGUUGAUUCUCUAAAUCCAUUUACAGAAUUACCCUAAGGUAUCUUCAAGUAUUAAAAUCAUUAAUAAUAGUGAAUUAGCAAAUUAUUACAAGUAGUUUGGAUUCAGCAUUGUGAAUCAUGGAUAUUUAAGUCUACAUGAGAAAAAAUUUAUACUAUAAGAAAUAUCAGCAAUUAGAUUAUAUAUAAAUGAAACCUUUUAUUUAGAGUAUUAACCAUAUUAAUUUUUGUACUAUUCAGGAGAUUACAUAUAACUCCCUUUUAAGCAAUCGAAGUAUGAAAUUUAACUUAUUUAUAGGAAGAAAUCUCUCAUAUUAGGUGUAACCUUUUUACAUAAUUUAUACUUAACAAUAAAUUAAAAUGAACAGAGUUUUUCAUUUUCAUAGAUUGAUUGUUAAAGCUAUUUAGUACAAAAUAACAGUAUCUUCACUUUAAAUUCCGUAAUGAUAACAUUUGGUGCUCUGUUAUUAAUUGCAAUUUUAUUUAAAUUAUGCAAAAAGUCUAAACCAUAUAAUAUUAUCAAUCAAAACUAAGAAGUUGAAUUGUAAAAUUCUACAGUUGAUAGAGAAAAAGAAGAAGAAUAACAAAUAUGA